AUAGAAGGGAAAAGAAAGUCAAAGUAUGGAGACAGAAGCAUGCCGCACACGCUAAGCGUUUCAUCCCUUCCUUUCACAGCCUGCAACUGCCGUCUGGCUGCGGCCACCUCCCAACCGCCAUAGCCUCCGCCUCCGCCGCCACGCCUCCCCAAAUCCCAUUUCCUUCUUCUCCCCAUUGAACCCCUUGUCUGUUCUAUUCAACCCACAAAAUCGGGCUUCCGCCAUUGCGCAAUCGCAAUUCGCGGUCGGAAUCUUCGAAUCGCAUCGCGACUCGGCGUCGGUGAUUACUCCUCUUCCGCCGAGACGAGGCGGUUUUCGUAGCACAUCAUAUAUUCCAUAACCCCAGGGGUCAUGGAUUAUGGGAAUGGCAACCCAGAAACCAGGCAAGGAAUUUCACUCAAUCGAGCAAGAAGCUUAGGCUCUUCAUUUAGAAGAAACUCUUUUAACUCCCUUGGUGCUCAGCCUCCUCAAACUGAUGGAGAUGCUGAAAGUGAGAGCGUCUCAGAAGCAGGAGACAUAGGGGAUCGUGCUCUGUACAGCAACAGAUUCAGUGACAGUGAGCGUUUUAGCUUGUCUUUCGAUCGUGUAUUAGAGAAUGGCGCAGUUGCCCCAAUUCCAGAGAACAAUACCUUCUUGCAUUCCUAUGGAUUUUGGGGUCGUGAGUCUGCAACAGUUAGUACUGCUGUUUCCCCUGUUUCGCCUCUUGCUGAGGAAAUCGUGUCUCCUAUUGCAACCUGUCCCAUGGUUCAUUCUGAAGACACAAAGCAAGAAAGCCAGAGGAAGCUCUCCAAACCGUUGGAGUAUGUAACCUGCCUUGUUCAUCUUGCUGUUUUUGGAAUUCUUGGGGUCUUGACAAGGUAUGGACUACAGAAGUUAUUUGGUCCGGAGAAUGCAAACGUGACGAGCGACAAGACAAUUUUGUAUCCUGAUCUUCCUUCGAAUAUGGUGGGAUCGUUCUUGAUGGGAUGGUGGGGCGUGGUCUUCAAAGGAGAUAUCUCCAAGAUUUCAGACUAUCUUGCCAUUGGAUUGACAACCGGCUACUUGGGAAGCCUAACAACUUUCAGUGGUUGGAAUCAGAAAAUGCUCGAUCUCAGCGUCGAAGGCCACUGGCUCUUUGCAAUCCUCGGUUUUCUCAUAGGUUUGUUUCUGGUGGCCUAUUCCAUAAUCUUCGGAAUAGAGACAGCAGAGGGCUUCCGAUGGGUUCUGAGAAGAAGAAACAUAAGCUGCAGCUGGUGCUGGAAAGUGGACAGCUACAAGCGCCACUUGGCAGUGAUGGUGGGGUUUCUACUGAUGCUGGCUCUGUUAUGGAGCCUCAGCGGAAGUUUGCUGGAGAGAGAGUUCAGCGGCGGCGGGGCGGAGCUAUGGGUGGGAUGCCUGGUGGGGCCGGUGGGGGUGUGGGUGCGGUGGUUCUUGGCCCGGUUGAACGGGCGCGGCGUGGGUCGGUGGAAGUGGGUUCCGAUUGGGACUCUGAUGGCGAAUGUUUUAGCGGCGUGCGUGAUGGCGGCGCUGGCGACUGUGAAGAAGGCGGUGAAAGGGGAGAGGGUGGAGACGGUGGCGGGCGGGCUGCAGCUGGGGCUGAUGGGGUGUUUGAGCACGGUGUCGACGUUCGCGGCGGAGUUCAAUGCCAUGCGAGUGAGCGAGCGGCCGUGGAGAGCCUACGCGUAUGCGGCGCUUACAAUGGCCAUUUCCUUCGUCUGCGGCGUAUUCAUCUACUCUAUACCCGUUUGGACCAACGGGUACAAUUAGUACUGAACUAAAGCCCUAUUUUGCAAUUUUCUUGUGAAGGUAUUUUUUGAAGCUUAGGGAUUUUAAAGAGGGUUAAAUUAUUAUAACUUUGAUGUCUAUGAUUUGGAGAGUUUUGAUUUUGUUUCUAUAGUUAAUUAGAGCUUACUUUUUAAUUUCCCUUCUAUGAUUGUCAAAAUUUGUA